AUGGACUACGAAGACAUGGUCGUCACCGAACAACAGAAUACGGAGCGCGACGGGUACGGACCAAGGGCGGAGGGCGGAUCAUCUGGGAACCAAGCUAAAAUAGCGUGGAGGAACAUGUGGGAGGAAUUUUAUCAGGUCCCGAGCAUAACCCAUUCGCAGUUAUACAAGGACAUCACCCCACUACCCUGUUCCGGCAACAGAGUGUUCUCCUCUAUCUGGAGUCGGGUGAAGACUGCCGCCUUCCAUAACGUCACUUACUAUAGGAGAUUGAGGGUCAUCUUCGACACGGUGUUAGUGGAGGCUGAUAGCAGGGCCAAACAUGAGGGGAAACAUGCCUUCGUCAAUAUUAUUGGUGCUGGUCUGGGCGUAUGGAAGUACUCCCCCCACCAGACGGACAUAUUCGUGUUGUCGGUACUGCGCCGCGUGAGGGCGCUGCUGGUCGCGGGUCGCUUACAGCACGUGAGCGACGUCAACAUGGCCUACAUUAAGCCCGGGACAUUGGUCGCAGCUCUGUUCAAAUCUCACGACGGCAACGGCGACAAACUAUUCUUCAAAAAUGAAAACCAUCCAAGAGGUGGUAUCAACGUACAAUUGCAGAAUCGAGAGCCGUCAUCUAAACUGAAGGGCGAACACGAAGGAAAGCUACUAGUUCUGACCUAUCCCUGGGAUGGUAAUGCACAUCCCGGGAAUGAGUUUUGGAUCGGCAAACUGAAAACGUCUGGUGAUCCGGCGGCGGCCUGCUCUACGCAGGUGAGUGAGCUGCAUAACGCGCACAUCAACCGCAUCGCCCUCAAAGGGGACAACACCAGGGUUGCUUCCGAUACUGUACGAAUUCUAUCCGAACACUGCAAGUCUCUGUGA